AUGGACAACAACGACGACAAUUAUCACAAUACACGUCCACAAAAUCCAUAUGGACCACCUCCAUCAGUUUCUGCGCACUCGUCACCUACACAACACUCGACUUACAGUGACAAUAACAACAGUAACUACCAAGAUACAGGUGGCGGUGGUGCCGGGGAUGGUGCUGGUAGAGAUUAUAAUAGUAAUAAAAGAAGUUAUAAUGCUCACAAUGAUAACUAUAGCAGGAAUCACGCAAGGCGUAAUAAUAAUUAUCAAGACAGGAGAGAUCGUGACAAUAAUAGCAACAAUAGCAAUAAUAACAAUUUAAAUAAUAGAAGAGGAGACAGAGGAGAUCAUUGGAGUCAUGGUCAACGUCAUUAUUACAAUCGCGAUAGACAGCAUCAACGCUCUUCGUAUCGCAACUUAGAUAAUCACCGCGAUCGUCAUAGAGAUAAUUGGCGACCCAACAAUGAUC